AUGGCGGAGGACGUGGAGGUUGAGUAUGAGAGUGACCCGGAGGAGGCGAAGCUUUCAUUGAAGAUGCGGAGGAGAGAGGCUAGUGAUGAUGAAGAGGAGGGAGAAGAGGGAGGGGAGCGGAGAGCGAAAGCGGUGCGGCCGAUAGAAUCGGAUGGGGAAUCAGAUGGUCAAGGUGCGGCGGCGGAGUAUGAGGAAGAGUAUGAGGAUGAGGAGUAUGUAGAAGAGGAAGAAGAAGAGUAUGAGGAGAGUGGCGGCGGAGAGGUUGAAGUGGUGGCUGUGGAAAAGAUAGAAGAAGAUAAUGGAGGGCUUGAAGGACAGUUAAAGGAGGAUAAAAGAAGGGUGAGGAAUGAUGUGAGUGAGAUUAAUGAUGAUAGCCAUAUUGAUGAUGGUAACCAGGAGGAGCAGAAGAAGGAGAUCGAGCCAUAUGCAGUGCCCGUGGCGGGCACAUUUUACAUGCAUGAUGAUAGGUUUCAGGACAAUGCCGGUGGACUACACAGGCGAACUCUUGGUGGAAGAAAGUUAUGGGAGUCUAAAAACAGGAGUAAAUGGGGUCAUGAUAAGUUUGAAGAGCUGACUACACAUGAAUGGCAUCAUGAAGAGCGUAGGAAGACUUCCAGGGGUCGUUCUCGUGGUCGCGGAAGAAAGAGAGGAUCAGAUUGUGGAUAUGCCCGAGAAAAUAGGCCCAGAGUUUACAAUAAUAAUAAUAAUAAUAACAACAAUCAGAAUAGUGAUAAGAAUCAGAACAAUUCAGUGAAGGGUGUCCGGGGACGAGGACCUAGAAGGUAUCGGCCAUCUUUCAAGAACCACAAUGAGGCUCCGCUCACACAAAACAAACAAUCUGUAAAAUCAGUUGAAAAGCCUUCACGUGUUAAUUCUGGGAGAACAAGUGCACCCACGCCAAAUGUAGAAUCUGAUGCAUUUCCUCCUAGGAAACAAAUGUUUGCAUCUAAUUUGAGCAUUGCCUCUCCUCCAUUUUACCCCUCUGGUUCUUCCACGAAAGGUACUUCUUUGCCGCUGAAGAGUGAUGUACAAGCUGGCACAACUAAUCAAAAUAUUCAGCCAUCUAUUGCUGAUAAGAGGUUUACUUUAGCUCAAUCCUCUGCAAGGGUGCACGGAAAGAAUGUAGUGGGCUCCAUUGGCUUGGAUACACUUUAUAUUGAUUAUUCGAUUUCUGCAGUGGCUGAGAAGCCUUUGAACGCUCUGCAAAUGCUGCCUUCUGGUUCACCAUCAUUUAAUUCUACUCAACUGCAGCAGUCGAGGGGUCAAGGGAGAACAAUGACUUCCUUAGCAAAAAUGGCCUAUAAACCAGUUUCUAAUAAUCAGGUAAACAGGGUUCCCCCAGCAACUCUGCUACAAACUGCUCAGAAGAAUCCUGGUCAAGGUCGAGGUCUAUCUUCUGUGCAAGCCUCUGAUCAGCAGUCUUUGCAGCGUGCCACCAGUGGAAAACGAGCUUCUUCUCCCCCUAAAGCAGAUGUGCCUGCGAAUUCGUUUGAAACUGAAGAACUGAAAUCUCUCUCAGACUCUAGUAAAUCGAAGACUGCUUUGGUUGCUAAAGAGAAAGGAAGUGUUAAAGGCAGUGGAAGGGGCUCCUUUCUAUAUGGGGAUGUUCAGGUUAUGGGGGCCUCUGGGAAUAUGGGCAGUGGUCAUGGUGAUCAAAACUUUCCAGCUUUCUUGCCAGUCAUGCAAUUUGGAGGCCAGCAUCCUGGUGGUGGUAUUGGAGUUCCUGCUGUUGGCAUGGCCUUCCCUGGAUAUGUUGCUCAACCUCAUCUAGGUUUAGGAAAUUCUGAAAUGACUUGGUUACCAGUUUUUGCUGGUGCUGCGGGUACACUGGGGGCAAAGUAUUCUACAUAUCUAUCUGUAGAUGGUUCAUAUCAUACUCGCCCAUCUGGACAGACGUCAUCUGCAGUGUCCACUUCCAGCAAAGAAACCAGUACUACUAAAGACAGUAAUGACUGGAAUCCAACACAGAAGCCUGAGGUUGCAAAUGAUGACUUUGGGCAGAGGCAAAAGAAUCCUCGCAGAUAUACGGAGAUGAAAUUUGACCAUUGUUCUUUUGGUGCUGCAAGCCGUCUGGGCCCUUUGUGUUCUCCUAUUCUUAAUUUGGAGCACUUUGGGCUGCCGCAUAUCUGGGAUAAUUUAGGUAUACGUGAUUAA